UCCCUGGCCACGUCGCGCCCGCUCUCGCCAUCUUCGCCGCUUCCUCUCGGGGGCCGCCGCCGCCGCCUGAGCUGCCGAGCGCCGGGCCGCCGCUCCGACCGCCGCCGCCAUGAACAUCUUCCGGCUGACGGGGGACCUAUCCCACCUGGCGGCCAUCGUCAUCCUGCUGCUGAAGAUCUGGAAGACGCGCUCCUGCGCCGGUAUUUCUGGAAAAAGCCAGCUUCUCUUUGCACUGGUCUUCACAACUCGUUACCUGGAUCUUUUCACUUCAUUUAUUUCACUAUAUAAUACAUCUAUGAAGCUCAUCUACAUUGCCUGUUCCUAUGCCACGGUGUACUUGAUCUACAUGAAAUUUAAGGCGACCUACGAUGGAAAUCAUGAUACCUUCCGAGUGGAGUUUCUGGUGGUCCCUGUGGGAGGCCUCUCCUUUCUAGUCAAUCAUGAUUUCUCUCCUCUGGAGAUUUUGUGGACCUUCUCCAUCUACCUGGAAUCAGUGGCUAUCCUUCCUCAGCUCUUCAUGAUCAGCAAGACAGGGGAGGCGGAGACCAUCACCACCCACUACCUGUUCUUCUUGGGCCUCUACCGCGCUCUCUAUCUUGUCAACUGGAUCUGGCGCUUCUACUUCGAGGGCUUCUUUGACCUCAUUGCUGUGGUGGCCGGCGUUGUCCAGACUAUUCUCUACUGUGACUUCUUCUACCUGUACAUUACAAAAGUACUCAAGGGAAAGAAGCUCAGUCUGCCAGCGUAAGUGCCAAAGACCAUCCCCAGCCUCUGUCCUUCAGGGUGCUCGGACAGAAUUCUUACCACAGCAAAGGCACAAGAUGCGUGAUGCGGAAAAUCAGAAACUUAACUCUUUUGUUGCAAAUAGUCAUCAGUGGCUCUGUAAGAACCCAGAGGAAAAGAACCAGAAGGUUUCUGUUUAAUGCAUCUUGCCUUAUCUUUUUUUAUUACUAUGUACAAAGAUUUUUUUACACAAAGAAACUUAAUGCUGUAUUAAUAAAUUCAGUGUGUAGCUUCAA